CACAACUUUCCCCUCCCCCCCGAUCGCACCUGCCCCGCCUGCCCGCCUCCGCCCCCGCCCCGCCCGCCAGCCAUGACCACCCUCUCAUUCCCCGGCGUGUCAUGCAUGCUCCUCGACAUUGAGGGCACCACCACAUCCAUCUCCUUCGUGCAUGACGUCCUCUUCCCGUAUGCCGCUGCCAACCUGGAGGCCUUCCUCCGGUCGCACCCGACCGAUCCCAAUGUCAUCCGACACACUAACCUGCUGGUGGAGGAGUGCGCCGCUGAGAGCGCCUACCCACAUGCGCCGUUGGGCCCUUCCCCCUCGGUGGAGGAGCUGAUGCAGUACAUUCGCUUCCUGAUGGCCGCUGACCGCAAGAGCCCCGGUCUCAAGGGUCUCCAGGGCCAGUGCUGGGAUGCUGCCUACCGGUCGGGCCUGGUCAAGGGCCACCUUUUCGCGGACGUCCUGCCGGCCUUCCGUCGCUGGUCCACCUCCCUCCCCAAGGGAGUCGCAAUCUAUUCCUCGGGCAGCGUCCCCGCCCAGCGCCUGCUCUUCGGCUUCUCCGAGGAGGGCGACCUUACCCCGUACCUGGUGGAUUACUUUGACACCGGUGUCGGGGCCAAGAUUCACGCGUCCAGCUACGCUACCAUUACCCAGCGUCUGGAUGUCUCCCCCGGGGCCAUCCUCUUUGCCAGUGACAAUCCCCUCGAGCUGCUUGCUGCCCACGAGGCCGGACUGCAGGCGGUCCUGCUUGAUCGCCCGGGCAAUGCUCCGAUCAGCUCGGAGAUGGCCGCCCGCCUGGAGGCCCUGCACAUCGGCACUGUCCAGAGCUUCGCUCAAAUUGAGCUCCCCUAGGGGCCGCCACAUGCUCUUACACGCACACCCACACACACACACACGGACUGCUGUUCCCAGUUGACCCACCCCACUUGGAUAUACACCUACGCCGAAGAGACCGAUGGGG